UCUCUCUCUCUCUCUCUCUCUCUCUCUCUGCUGAUCACACACUCAUUCUAGUUGUCAGUUUAAAUACUAUCGUCUAAAUGUGUAAAUUGAACGUAGUUAACGUUACAGAAAUGUCUGAACAGUUGUAGUAAAUUUAAAAUGCACAGCCGCGUUAAAUUGCAACUCAACGUGAAAUAGCGGCAUUAAUAGCCUACUGUGGCUGUCAACACACAAUAGUGAUAUGGGUCGCUUACAAAGUGUUGUCGUGUUGUAGCGCGUGUUGUAGCGCCGAACAAUGACUGCGUUCAUUCUGCCCGUCUUCGUCGAUACGUUAUGUUUGGGGUUCCGGACCAGAUCAGCGCCUAUAACCCCACCAGGACGCAUUCAGAAAUCACCGUGAAAAUGUAAAACAGAUUUUUUAAAGUAACAUUAUGCUACUUUAAAUUCAAAUAAGUCGGCGUAUUUUUUUUGGCACCCAACCAAAAUGCAACUUGGUUGGAAAUAUUGCUCUGAAAUUACUAAUACACCGUUUGUUCGCGCAAAAGCGCUAUUUUGGUUGGAAUCGUGAAAUGUGUUUUCUGGAAUUUAUUCCAGGAACCUUUCAAAUAUGGGCGAUUAAUGCGAUUUCUGUUAAUACAACCACAUUUAUUAUUUUAAAAAAUAUCAUGAAUUCAAAAUGAAUUUGCUUAAAGGCAUUGUGACCUAAAAUGCCAAUGUUGUAGACUUGCCUAGUCAUAUAAUUAUUCGUUGUACAAUAUUUCGUUUUCCUUGAUAAAACAGAAAUGAUCCUAACGCACUCCACAUACUAUGCUUUGCGUAUUUCAUUCAAUACAUUACUUAUUCUUUUCAAAGUAUUUUAAUGUGGUAACAUUGGAGUCCUCCGGCAACAGUGUGCUUGGGGGUUGGGUUUAACGCGUCAUCUGUUCUGCGUUAAACUCGUUUAGCUGCAGACCGCGGGCGGUCCGAAGGAAAGCAGCGCGCGCCUGAGUGCAAGAACUGGAGAGUCGCGAGCAGCAGCUUUAUAUAGCACGGCUACAUUUAGGGUCGAGUGGUGCGCUACGUCCAUCCUGAACGCGUUUCCUCCGCCUCGACAACUGGUCCAGCGUUUUCGCUGCAAUAUUUAUAAGAGAGGAGCUCCUACCAAUGACACUUGCAUAUAACUCUGAAACGCUGCUUCGACAGAAAACUUUCAGGUUUACAAAUGUGGAGGAUGGAGUAAGGUGGACCCAGCGCAUACAUGCAAAUAUUUACACGGACACAGAAGGUUUCUCGUAGCUAUUUAAAUAUCCCUCCCCCUCCGCUUCAGCAACGUGUGGAUAUGACCUCAAGCGAGACCACUCUACCCUCGAUUUCUACAUUUACAUUUGGGAACCAAAAGGAGAAAUUCUGGGAAAAUAGGUACCAGCCCGCGGGUGAAGGCGUGCGGGAAGACAUGGACCUCAGCAGCUACCUGGACCUGGAGCUCAUUCUGGCCGACACGGCGAGCUGGGCCUGUGCCCCCGACCGGCUGCCCACCGGCAGCCCUCCGGAGGGGGAGGGGGGAGCCCACAGCUCCGUCCAGGGGACGCUGGUCCUGGGGCCGGCCGGGUCCCCGGGAGGACGGGGCUUUGUGGAGGACGGUGUGAAGCUGGAGAGCCCGGGGGACUGUGGGUACGCAGCAGUUUCCCCACACACCCCCCCCGUCAGCCCCCAGGAGCUCUACCACGCGCGUCACAGCCACAGCCACAGCCACAACAGCAGCCACAGCCACAACACGCAGCGCUACGGUGGAUACCAGGCCCUCCUGGCGAGCCCGGCGCUAUCCCAGAGGGCCGUGCUCACGCCCCCCUCCUCGCCGCUCCGCCCGCUGGACCCCCCGCAGAAGAGAGGCCGUCGCCCGUGGAAACGCAUGGCCGUACACACCUGCACCUACACCGGCUGCACCAAAACCUACACCAAGAGCUCGCACCUGAAGGCCCACCACCGAACACACACAGGAGAGAAGCCAUACUGCUGCAGCUGGGAGGGGUGUGGCUGGAGGUUUGCCCGCUCUGACGAGCUGACGCGGCACUUCCGCAAACACACGGGCCAGCGGCCCUUCCAGUGCCACCUGUGUGAACGAGCCUUCUCCCGGUCCGACCACCUGGCCCUGCACAUGAAGCGGCACGUGUGACGUGUGUGUGUGACGUGUGUGUGUGUGUGUGUGUGUGUGUGUGUGUGCGUGUGUGUCUGUGUGUGUGAG